AUUCGUUUGGUUUACCCUGACUGUGCUGCUGUGCUGUUUAUCAACUCAUUUUAGAUAGAAGAUCUAACCGUGAAAUUCAGAUUGUUUCAGUUUUGCUAGUGAAGGAAAAUGGCAGAAGCAGAAAACUACCCUUACCCGAAACCCUUUUCAAAUAAAAUCCAGUACGAGAGGAAAAAUGUGAUCGGUGAAGGAAAUUCAAUCGUUUAUCGCGGUACUUACGAAGACAACGAAGUUGCCAUCAAGAGAAUCGUGUUACGACCAUCACUGAAUGAAGACCGCGAGUUCAAUGCCCAGUUGAAGCUCACUCACCAAAAUAUUCUCAAAAUUCUGACAGUUGAACAGGAUGCAGAUUUCAGGUACAUCGUACUUGAACUAUGCGCAGGGACACUAAGAGAUGUUUGCAAUCAAAAUUAUAAAGGACCCGAUUUACCCCCGGCUGAAUUAUAUCCAUUCGAAGAAAUUGGUACACCGAGACAUUAAACCUGAAAACAUUCUCAUUUCUGGGAAAGCUCAAAUAAAGCUGUCCGAUUUCGGCUUGAGCAAGGAAACCAGCACAAACCACACGUUUGUAGUCAGCGG